CACAACACACAACGUGUCACUUUCUCUCUCUAUCUAAACUUUCUCUCUCUACUACUUUUUUCCAAAAAAACAAAAUAUAUGCUAUUUUAGUUUUAUCCAAAUAAUUAAAAAUUAAAAAGAAACAAAAAAACUGAAAAAUGUUGGAAGCUAGAGACCCUGCGAUCAAGCUUUUUGGGAAGACGAUUCCGGUGCCGGAGAUCUCUUCGGGAUCCGGUGACUCUAACGGAGCUCUAGAUUCAUCUUCUGGUGAUGUUGUUGAUGAAGGUAUCGUUCAGAACCAUGCUUCUUCUGUUAACUCUUUGAAUACAAAUAUGGAUGAAGAAGAGCGAGAAAUUGAUGAGGACACAAUGGAAGAGGAACCGGCCGAGUAUAAGAAGGAAAAAGAUGAAGCUCUAACCGAAUUGUCAAAAAAGAACACUGAUAUAAACACUGCUUCAAGAUUAGUGGAAGAAUCUACUAACCUCUCUGCCGAGGAGGAGCAAAAGAGUAAAGAAGAACAAGCCGAGAAUUCACAAGAUAAGACACUGAAAAAGCCAGACAAAAUACUUCCUUGCCCUCGAUGUAAUAGCAUGGACACCAAAUUCUGCUACUACAAUAAUUACAAUGUCAAUCAGCCGCGUCAUUUCUGUAAGAACUGUCAAAGGUACUGGACUGCUGGUGGAGCCAUGAGAAAUGUGCCUGUUGGCGCCGGUCGUAGGAAGAACAAGAAUCCCGGUUCUCAGUAUCGUCAAAUAACUGUCGCGGAAGCGGCAGUUCAGAAUUCUCAAUCCGACAUACCGAACGGAGUCCAUCAUCCUUCCUUGAACUGUAACGGAACUGUCUUUGCUUUCGGGACUGAUUCACCCUUGUGUGAAUCAAUGGAAUCUGCGCUGAACCUAGCUGAUAAAGGAAUUAGCAUUUCCCCGAAAAACGGAUUUAUUAGACCUGAAGAACUAAGAAUCCAUGUUCCCUAUACUAGUGAAGAAAAGCGCAAUGAUGAUUCGAAUAAAUCUUCUGACGGAUCAACGACCCCGACAGAAAAUGCAACUGCCAACAAUUCUCUAGAACAAGUUAUGCCAAAUUGUCAAAGCUUCCCACCUCAAGUUCCCUACUACCCUGGUGCCCCUUGGCUUUUUCCGUGGAGUCCAGCUCAAUGGAGCUCUCAAGUACAACCACCACCUGCUUUUUUCCCACCAGGAUUUGCCGUGCCGCUCUAUCCUCCACCAGCUUAUUGGGGUUUUACUUUGCCCGGUGCUUGGAACAAUCCAUGGCUAGCACAACCAUCGUCGCCUAAUAGUGCAGCCCUUAACUCCGGUCCUAACUCGCCGACCUUAGGGAAGCAUUCGAGGGAAGAAAGCACGGCCAAACCAAAUGACACAGCAGGUUCUGACGAAGGAAACAAUAAAGAAGAAAAGUCCCUUUGGGUUCCCAAAACAUUGAGGAUUGAUGACUUAGGAGAAGCGGAAAAAAGCUCUAUAUUGACAACUCUAGGGAUUGAAAACAAUAAGACAGACUUGAUUCGCGGGGGAGGUCUUUUCAAAGCAUUUGCAUCAAAGGGUGACAAAAAAGAUGACAUGCAAAACUCAAACUCACCAGUCUUGCAGGCCAAUCCAGCAGCAUUGUCUAGGUCAAAUAAAUUCCGCGAGACCUCAUAAAUAUGUAGCUUAUAAGUUUGUUUUUACUUAAUAGAUACAGCAAGCAGAUGAGCCAAUUGACACGGUAGCUAUGAAACACAGACACAACACUGACAUUGACAUUUGAGAAAACAUCUUUAUUAGUGUUGUGCAAGUGUUGGACACUGGACACAUGCCAAUCUGAAGUCUCGGUACUACGUAGCACAAUGGCGUUCUACAGCUCUUGAAGAAGUUACACGAUCUAAAAACACAUUGGCUCUUCUUUUCUUGUUAGUGUUGAUCUAUGGAAGAAAUUAAGAUGGUUCUUCCCCGCAUUCGCUUUACGGAGAUUCGAGUCUUCUCUUUGCAGAGUGGUUUCACCCCUUAGGUGGCGGCGGCUAGGCAAUUUUUCAUUCUUCCCUCUCAUUUAGAUUGCUUUCUUAGUUCAUGUACAUAUAUGUGACAUAGUGAGACAUAGUUAUUUAUCUUCCAAGAUCUUAGAUGCAUGUAAAUAAGCUUGAGAGUUCAAAUUGCACAUUUUUGUUUAGAUAUAUUGUUUCACUGUUAUCAUUUUGGUGUAAUAAGAUGGAAAUAUUUUAUCA